AUAAAAAUCAAGAAUUCGCAAUGACACAAUUUGUUUCCUAUACGUUUUGAUACUAUUGUAAACUGAUAAAUCUGUUAAUUAUUCAAAUUAAUUAUAACAUAAAUUGGUCAUGAAAUCGUUUUGUGAGAGAUGAGUGUCUUCGGAGAUUUUCAGCGUGUUUGGGUCCAACGUUUUCCUGAGAGUACACUGCCAGCCGCUUGGGAGGAAGAUGUCAGGGCCAAUUUGGCUAAACACAAACAGAAAGUGGCCAUUCUUAGAGAAGAAUUAGAAAAGGAAGAAUUCUAUGUUUCUUAUUUAGAGACAUUGUUGUCAGAUGUGGAGAAACAUAAAGCAGCUUCUCAUGGCAAUAGGGCGGCGCCGUCGGGAACUGACGUGAGUGAGCCAGACGACAAGAGUCUAGAUAACAAACAGGAAUCAAACACAAAUUCAUUAUCUAAGAAAAGUGAGACCAGUUUAGCAAGCAGUAUCGAUUCAACAACAGAAACAGUUGAAAGUGAUGAAAUUGUACUGAGAAAUAAGCCACUUGGUGAGAGGAACUCCGUAAAUCAGUGCAUCAAUGAGCUCUCAUCUAAUUUGGUAGCUGAGGCUGCACGCAGAAGAUGCCAUAGUGAAAUUGUACAAAAUACUGACAGUGAACAUUCUAGUGCAGUAGAACAAACAAGUCCAAUCAAAGCUAAAAACCGUCCAACGUCACAAACUGCUGACUUUGUAACAGUCAUCGAAGUAAAUGGUCUGAAGCUAGCUGAAAAUGCAUCCAAGAAAUCAGAUGAGUCCCCUCAGUCGUCCGAAAGUAGUCCAGUGGACCCAACAGCGGCAGCUAAGAAGAAAGUACCGCCUAAACCUCCACCAAAAGUAUUCAAUAAGCGUGGGUCGUCAUUACCGGAGUCCGGAUUAUCAGAAGACAGUCCACCAUCCUCUCUGGGACGACGUAUGCGCAAGACGGAGUCAAGAGAGUCUAUUGCCAGUAGAGCGUCGACUCCAUCCAUUAGUGAAAAGGUUAAAAGCUACGAGUCGCUAAACUCGCUGUCUUCAGAACGUAAAAGGUCAGGAGGUGCAGCGACCCCUAGAUCAAUUGAUGAAGAGGUAUCGUCCACAACGCCGGACCUGCUCGAGGGUGAUGACAAGUCAGCGCCUAUAUCAUUGGAGAGCAUACCUGCAGCUAUGCCCGUUGCCGAGGAUGAACCAUAUUACGAUCAAGUACCCGCCGAUAUCAAUGAUGGAGAAUAUGUAUAUAUUCAAGCAGGUGGCACAGGUUCGAGCACAGAGGAUGGGUCCAGUGGCACGAGCACUCUGGCCCUGAGUGCAGCCAGUGCUCCGCCCGCGCCCUCCGCGCCGCGCUCGGACUCCCCGCCCGGGGCCGCGGCACCCAACUACGUCAACAUACAUUACUUUAUACAACAAGGCGAAGAUGGUGACUUGAGCGAGCGAGAGGGUACCGAAUUAGGAGAUUCAAGCAACAUACCUCUACUUUUAAGAACAACAUCGUCUGAAACUGAUACCACCGCCACUCCACCUGUACUUAGAAAACUUCACCAUCAGGAUACGAACAAUGCUGAGGCUGAACGUCUAACGAUGCAUCGUUGUAUCGUUAAGAGUAUUAUAGAAAGCGAAACAGUAUAUGUAGAAUGUUUAUACGUUAUGGAAAAGUAUAUGAACGCUAUAAAAGCGACGCUAUCUACAUCCCAGCCAGUCAUAACUGAAGAAGAAUUUAAUACAAUAUUUUACAAAAUAUCAGAACUUCAUGAAUUGCACAAAAACUUUUUAGAAGGUCUCAAAGCAGCUGUAGCAAGUUGGGAAGAGCCAUUGUCUGUUGGCAUUCACUUCAAGAAAAUGGCGGAGAAUAUAAAUGUAUAUGGCGCAUUUCUCCACAAUUACGGGCGCGCUACGGACGCAGUGCGGCGCCGAUGCGGUAGUUCAAGCACCUUCGCUGAGCUCACGGGCGCCAUCUCGUGCCGCGGGCAGCCGUGCUCGCUGGACGACCUGUUGCACAAGCCCGUCGCAAGAGUGCAAAAGAACGCACUCGUCUUACACGAUCUCAUUAAAUAUACGCCAGCGAGCCAUCCAGAUCAUGCCAUGUUAACAGAUGCUCUCACGAUGACGCAACAUUUUCUAGACGAGUUCAAUAUUAUACAAACCAAAUCCAUGUUCCCGAACGCAGAUAGAGCUCAAAGAAGACUCGUCAAGAAUUCGUUUAUUGUUGAAUUGUCAGAUGGGCACAGGAAAUUAAGACAUCUUUUUCUUUUCAACGAUGCUAUCGCCUGUGCAAAAUACAAGGCAUCCGGGCGCGACAAGUUUACUUUCGAACUGAAGUGGUACAUACCGCUGCCAGACAUCGUGGUGGUAGAGGAGGAGACGGCUGGCAGCGGUACGGGGGAUACGCGGGAGACUUCGCCCGCUAACAUCGUCGCACUCAAGUCGCAAGCCUCCACCGUCAGGGAUCAGAUACUCGCCGAGGAACGGGCCGCGCAGGAUGACAAGAAAAUACGUAUCGGUGGUCGCGGAGGGGGCGAGAAGUUGCGCAAAAAGUUGUGUGAACUGGAGGAGCAGCUGGUGCUGGCGUCGCCCAACCUGGUGUUCCGCGUGGGCGCCCGCCCGCCCGCCGCCGCAGCACUGCAGCGACACCACGUCUUCUUCCUCAGCUCCGAGUUUGAGCGCACGCAGUGGAUCGACUCCAUACACGCCCUUCAGGCGUCAUCAGCUCCGCCGGCUGGAGCAAGUACAGUUUCAAUGUUGGAGCUUCAAGCAUGGGUGACCGCUUGCCGCAGCUUCUUGCAAACUGAUAUGGGAUCGUAUCUAUUACGCAGUGGACGCGAUGAAUCCUUACUGCUUGGAGAUCUACAGCUCCAUAUAGGUGGCAUGACUGCACCUCUUGAUGCCGUGGCUGAUUAUUACAUAGUCGUGGAGGUUGAUUCAUAUGGACAUUAUUUCCGCAAAGCGAAAUCGAAACUAGUAUGUCGCAGUUCACAACCGCGGUGGAAUGAGAGCUUUACUUUGGAUCUCGAGGGUUCGCAAAACUUGCGAUUAUUACUGUACGAAGACGCCGCUAGACCUGUACUUAGAGGGAAGUGUACUCUCAAGCUGUCCCGCGAGUUCGUGUCGGAGGGGAGCGGCGGCGGCGGCGGCGGCGUGCCGCGCGCGGUGUCGGUGGGCGGGGGCUCGCUGCCGCUGCGGCUGCGGCUGCUGCCCAGCGAGCGGUCCGCGCGCCGCGUGCCCACCGCCAAGCCCGGGGCGCUCUUCGGCGCCAAGAUCGUACACGUCGCCAAACGGGAAAAACGAAGUAUCCCCUUUAUAAUAAGCGCAUGUGUACGUGAGGUAGAACGUCGCGGCAUACUUGAGGUGGGAAUCUACAGAGUUUCUGGCAGUGCCUCCGACCUCAAUAGGCUCAAAAAAAGCUUCGAAACUAAUGCUUACGAAGCUGAACAACUACUGAAGGAAGUGGAUAUUCAUUCAGUGACUGGCGUUCUGAAGUUGUAUCUACGAGAAUUGCCAGAAGCCUUAUUUACAGAUGCUCUCUACCCUGAGCUGGUCCGUACUUGGGGUGCCACACAGGGUGUGGGCACGUCGGUGGACUCUGGACCAGCGCACACCCGACGUCAUGCUCUACUGAAAUGCUACGCCCAAUUACCGGAUCUGAACAAAAAUUGUAUCGAUUUUCUACUUAACCACUUCGUAAAAGUUAACCAGAACGAACGCGACAACAAGAUGUCACUUCACAACCUGGCGACGGUGUUCGGGCCGACGUUGCUGCGGCCUGCGGGCACGUCGGCGGCUGGCAAGCUGCGGACCGAUUUACUCGCCGCCGGCACCGUCGACGCGAUGGCGCAAGCCGGCAUCCUCUACUGCCUGCUGCAGCAGCGCCAGCUCGCCGCUCAGCUCUCCUCACACCAACGAGGACCUAUGCUCCUAGAAUGAGCUCCAUCCCU